AUGGUGAGACGUUCAAAUGUCGACAAUCCCUUGGCAAUGACCAUGAUCACCUUCUUCCUGUGCAUUGUUAUCUUCAUAGUCGAUAUAUGGCUGAGCCAGCAAGUCACCACACACUGCCAUCCUUAUUACCUCAGCCUAGCCCUAAUAAUCUUGCCAUCUCUCCUAUUUGCAUUCUCUAUUAUCGGUUUAAUAUUGGCAACCUUAAACCACAUCAAUUUGAUCCGCUUCUAUAGAUGGUUCAUGUUUCUGCUCAUCUUCCUCAUGUUAGGUGUUUCCGUUUCCAUGUAUGUGUUGACUGUCGACCGCUCCGGUACACUUAAUUACACGGCAAACAAGAAUUGGAACAAGAUUAGUAACUGCCUUAAACAAACCAAGAUUUGUCAUAGCCAUCAGAGGAAUAACACAUACGUUAACACAUACGUUAUACCGUCCGGUUGUUGCACGCCGCCGUCAAAUGAUUGUGGUUUAAACGUAACUUCACAUCAAUCUUCCACAAAUCCCGAUUGCAGUAGGUGGAACAGCGAUCAUAAUGUGUUGUGCUAUGGUUGCGAGACUUGUAAGAUUGGAUGGAUGAAUAUCAUCGGGUCGAAUUUGACAUGGGUAGCCAUCACCAACGUUAUAUUUCUUUUCUUUAUGGUUGCAUCGGUUUACUUCACCUCUCGCCGUGUUACGGUUUCACCUACCAACAAUUAA